AUGACGUUGGUCACCGCACACGGUAUGGAGGUCACGGGAGCUCCGUGGCUGUACGGUAGCUUUGCAUCGGGCGUGAAAAGACAAAAAGGAUCUGAGGAUGUGUUAGAGUGGCAUGAACUGAUCUGGAACACAGACUGCCGGUACAAAGCUAACCGGUUAAACCUUUUUGGCCGGCUGGUGCGCGGUGGCAGGCGUCUGCGGCUGCUGCCCGAGGAGCCGUGGUCGCUUGCCCUGCGGGAGCACCGGGUUUCGCUCCGUACGGCCCCAGCGUGGUGUAGGCAGAGUUCGAUUAAAAAGCAGCAACAAGAUGUGUUAGGUUUCUUGGAAGCCAACAAAAUCGAAUUUGAGGAAAAGGAUAUCGCCGCCAAUGAGGAGAAUCGGAAAUGGAUGCUGCCGCCCCGGCUCUUCAACGACAGCCGCUACCUCGGGGACUACGAAGCUUUCUUUGAAGCUCGAGAGAACAACGCGGUAUAUGCCUUUCUCGGCUUGACUGCGCCGCCUGGUUCAAAGGAAGCUGAAGCACUGGCAAAGCAGCAAGCGUGAAUUUCAACUGCCUUAAAUGUUCUGUAAAGGGAAUUUCCACGGCUUUUUAUAAAAUAGUACAAUUGUCUCUGCUUCAAGAAAUGUAGAUGUGAUUUCUAACAUUUGAUUGGUGCUUGCAGCAUUCACCAUACGUAAUACAAAUCUGAACACAAGGUGAGAACGUGAACGUAAAGGUAGAGAGCACAGAGUGUGUUAUUACAAAGUUGGAAGCAUAGGAAACUGAAGCAAUCAGACUUGAAUGAUUUUCACGUAGUUUAAACUGUCUUGGCAAUUCGUCCAUUUUGUGUAAACUCAAAGAAACUACUUUAGUACUAAUAAUGCAGAGGGGGUUAUACCUAGAGAUCCAACUAUUUAAAAUACGGAAAACAGCAUCUAAAACCUUGUCAGAUACUAACUUUAGUGCCUGAGUUGCCUCAAAAAUGUUAUUGAAUUACACAGUAAUUUUUCGGCGUCUUUUCUGGUUUCAGAUGAAAUUGUAGGUGGUAUCGUGUAGUAUAGCCAUUGUAGUCACUUUUGAAAGUUGUGUUUGUUCUUUUGUAGAAUGGGUAUUUAAGAUUUGUAUUGUAACACACUGUACAGAUGAUAAAACAAAAUAAUGCCAUGUAUUUCUCAUUUAAGUGAUCCGUGUGGGCUCUUUUGACAAAGAAAAGGGGAUUUGGGCAAUGGACAGCCUUUCCACUGGCAAUUCCAUCACACAGCUGCCUAAGCACGACUUGGUUACACAUCUGUGUGCAAGAUUCCGUGCACCUCAGUGCAGUAUGCGCUAAUUCCCAGGCAAUGUUGCAAAUAAGCCAAAAUGGCCAGAAAUGGCAUUUCCUUACCUGUGUAAGGGUGAAAGCCUUUAAUGUAUUUCUCUACAAAAAUACCAGUUCACACUGCUUAUAGCGUUAGGCAUCUUAUUGCAUGUUCAAGUAGUCAUUAGAUUCAUAUAGUAUUUUUUCAAAUGAGGAAAUAAAUGUUUGAAGAGCAAGAACUAUUGUAAUAAAGCAAGACUUUUUUUUGAAGGUUUAAAAACUUUUUUUAUGUUGUUAUUGCCAUAUCACGAAGCUAUUACAGGAAUUG